GGCGGAAGCGGCGAACCGCGCAGAGGGGAGACCGGGCUGGCGGGAAGAAGAAAAUGUAGAUUUGGUUGAGGAAACUUCUCAUCUCUUUAACAGUAGUCUCCUCUUGAUCUUCCCAGACAACGACAAGUCUCCACACCCACUUACCUCCCCGAGGCUGAACAGCCAGGAGCCAAUGGCCAGUGACAAAGCCAAACCCUGUGAGCUCAACCAAGACAAAUAUGAUGCUGAUGAAAACGUGAAGAUCAUCUGCCUAGGGGACAGCGCUGUGGGCAAGUCCAAACUCAUGGAGAGGUUUCUCAUGGAUGGAUUUCGGCCGCAGCAGCUGUCCACGUACGCCCUGACCCUGUACAAGCACACAGCCACAGUGGAUGGCAAGACAGUCCUUGUGGACUUUUGGGACACGGCAGGCCAGGAGCGGUUCCAGAGUAUGCACGCCUCCUACUACCACAAGGCCCACGCCUGCAUCAUGGUGUUCGACGUGCAGAGGAAAGUAACGUACAAGAACCUGAGCACCUGGUACACAGAGCUUCGGGAGUUCAGGCCAGAGAUCCCAUGCAUCGUGGUGGCCAAUAAAAUUGAUGCAGACGUAAAGAUGACCCAAAAGAGCUUCAAUUUUGCCAGGAAGUUCUCUCUUCCCCUGUAUUUUGUCUCAGCUGCUGAUGGUACCAAUGUCGUGAAGCUCUUCAAUGACGCGAUUCGAUUAGCUGUGUCUUACAAACACAACUCCCAGGACUUCAUGGACGAGGUUUUGCAGGAGCUUGAGAACUUUGAUUUGGAGCAGAAGGAGGAGGAAGUGCAAGACCAAGCGCAGCGUGGCAACACUGAGAGCCCCUCCCCUUCCUGAGUCAAAGACGGACGCCUCGCUCCUCGUGGACUUUGGUGGGGGUGUCCUUCGGAAUACCCUCCCAUCAGCACCCCGUGCAGCUAGGAAUUGAAAAAUUCUUGCCGGCCGUCCCCUCUGCCUCCUGCAAGCCCACCCAUUCCGUUUGCCUCCCCGCCUGCCAUGGCCCAUAACUCCUGACCCU